AUGGAUUUUGAAGAUUUAAAUAAUAGUAUUGUUAAUCUCCAUCUUCCACAGAUCCCAAGUUGGUCUGACUUAGUGAUGGUGUUGGGCUCUUGUAAUGGCUUGUUAUUGUGCAGAUUCACUCGCUUAUACUUAUUCAACCCUACCACUAGACAGUGCAAAAGGCUGCCACCAAGUGGUUUUUGCCUAGGUAACUUUGGCAUCUUUGGGAUUGGUUAUGAUUCUUCCAACGAUGACUACUUGGCAGUGAAAGGUCAUUGCAGCUAUUCGAAAAGUACUAAAACUACUGUAUAUAGAGUUAAACUCUAUUCACGAAGAACCAAUUCUUGGGAAAGGACUCUAGAGUUUCCUUACACCGGAAGAUUUUUGCAAGUGAAGGGGGAAUUUGUUAAUGGAUCUUUGCAUUGGUUACGACUGCCGCUUGGUCAUGGUUCAAAAUUGUUCAUGAUUACUUCUUUUGAUUUAAAGAAGAAGAAAUUUGGAGAAAUGCCAGUACCCGAUUGCGAUUGUGGAGAUACUGAUCAGACUCCAAUGAUAAGUGUGAGUGUCUUAAAUGGGUUUCUUUGCGUUUGUCACUAUACAUUCCAGCAGUUGGAGUUGGAGCAUAUGGACGAUGAAAGAGUAUGGCGUGAAGGAGUCUUGGACCAAGUUAAUAACCAUUCCGUCUUCUUUAACAAUUAUGCCUUUGUACAUCACAAAGAGUGGGGAACUUAUCAUGCAUGUGUCGAAUCGAAGGAUUGUCAAGUACAAUUUUGA